AUGCAGCAGCCGGCCGACAUGCCGCCCUUCUCCCCGCCCGGCUGGCGCGGGCCCGCCGGGGCGCCCUCGCCCAUCAGCAGCCGCCCGCCCGCGCCGGCCCCGGCUCCGGCUCCUGCGCCAGGACAGCAGCACCAGCAACACCAGCAGCAACAUCAGCAGAUGGACGAGCAGCACGGGGGGGCGGCGGUGAGCGGGUCGGGCUCCGGGAGCGUGGACGGCGGCGAGGAGGGCGAGCGCGGCGGGUCGUCGUCGGCGGCGGGCGGCAACCGGUGGCCGCGGCAGGAGACGCUGGCGCUGCUCAAGAUCCGGUCCGAGAUGGACGCCGCCUUCCGGGAGGCCGCCCUCAAGGGCCCGCUCUGGGAGCAAGUCUCCAGGCGGCUGGCGGAGAUGGGGCACACGAGGAGCGCCAAGAAGUGCCGCGAGAAGUUCGAGAACGUCGACAAGUACUACCGCCGCACCAAGGACGGCCGCACCGGCCGCGGCGACGGCAAGACCUACCGCUUCUUCACCGAGCUCGAGGCGCUCCACGGCGCCUCUGCCGCGCACCACCCGCCGCCUGCUCACGUGGCCGUCGCGCCACCGUCCGCCCCAGCCGCGAGCACAAUUGGCGCGUACUCCGGCGUGCCCUCGGCGCCUUCGCGCGUCCUGCUGGCCGAGCCGUCUCCGCCGCCCCUUCUCCUAACGCAUCAGCCGGUGUCUACCGAGGCGGCCGCAUGCCUGACGACGACGACGGCGGCGGUGGUGGGCGACGCGAGCUUCUCUGAUGGCUCGGACGGGGAGGACACGGACGAGACGGCCGACGGCGGGAAGCGGAAGAGGCGGGGCGGGAGCGGGAGCUGGGGCCAUGGCGGCAAGGCCAUGAGGUUCUUUGAAGGGCUGAUGCGGCAGGUCAUGGAGCGGCAGGAGGCCAUGCAGAGCCGCCUCCUGGAGGCCAUCGAGCGGCGCGACCAGGACCGCAUGAUCCGCGAGGAGGCCUGGCGCCGGCAGGAGGUGGCGCGCCUCGCCCGCGAGCAGGACGCGCUCGCGCAGGAGCGCGCCGUGGCCGCCUCCCGCGACGCCGCCGUCGUCUCCUUCAUCCAGAGGAUCACCGGGCAGAUCGUCCCCGUGCACGCGCCGCCAUCGUCCUUCCCCGCUAAGCCGGCCGCCACCGUCAACUCGGUCAAGCCGCCGGCGCUGCAGCCGACGCCCGUCGCCUCCGCUGCGCCCGCACCUCCUACUCCACGGCCGCCCGUUCAGGCGCAGCCGAACGUGACUACGCCAAUGAGAACACAACCGCAGACGCCGCCGCCGCAGCCACAGCAGCACGCAACGCCGACGGCGACAGAGCCACAGCCAGUGACGCCGCAGCCGCAGCACCUACAGAGCAAGGAGAUCGUCGUCGUCCACGCGGCGGAGCAGCCGCCGGUGGACAUGGCCGGCGGCGCGUCGCCGUCUCGGUGGCCCAAGGCGGAGGUGCACGCGCUGAUCCAGCUGCGGACGGAGAUGGAGACGCGGUACCAGGACACGGCGCCCAAGGGCCCGCUGUGGGAGGACAUCUCGGUGGGGAUGCGGCGGCUGGGCUACAACCGGAGCUCCAAGCGGUGCAAGGAGAAGUGGGAGAACAUCAACAAGUACUUCAAGAAGGUCAAGGAGAGCAGCCGGAAGCGCCCCGAGGACUCCAAGACCUGCCCCUACUUCCACCAGCUCGACGCGCUCUACCGCACCAAGGCGCUCGCAUCCUCCUCCUCCUCCUCCCCCGUCGUCCAUGCGCCGGUCACCGUGCUCUCGCCGGUGCCGCUGUCUUCCCAGACGCCACCUCCUGCGGCGCAGCACGUCGAGCACGGGGCCAAGAGCUCGAUCACCAACGGCAACGGCCAUGGGAACGGUAACGGCGCGGCCAUGCAAGUGAAGGCGAGCAACGGCGCCGGUGCUGCGGCGAUGUUCCCCUCCCCCGUCCAUGCCGCCGGCAACGGCGGCAACAACGGCACGGCGACGAACAAACUGGAAUCCAAGCAAGAAGUUAUCCCGAAGGAGACGGCAACGGUGGUACCGCCGGCCGUGGCCAUGAACCACAGCUACGGCCGCAACGACAGGAGGGACGUGUACGACCUGGACAGCGACAGCAUGGACGAGGACGAGGAGGACGACUUCGACGACGACGACGACGACGACGACGAGGAAGACGACGCCGUCGGCGUCCCCGGCGGCCGCAACAUCAACAUGCCGCCGGCGCAGUACGACGCCCACUUCCUCCAAAGGCAGCAUCAGCAGCAACAACAUCAGAACCACAACCACAACCACAACGUCGUCCGGCCCAACGCAGCGAACGGCAGCGGCAACCCGCCGGCGGGCAACGCGGCGCCUACAUCUGCCCCGGCGACAAGCGGGACGCCAUUCCUGGCCAUGGUCCAGUGA